AUGCUGUCGUUCGCCCCCGGCUUCGUGCUCGUCUUCUUCGGCCACUCGCUCGACGAGAAGUACUCGCAGCUGAUUACGUUCGAGGAGCACGGCUUUAGCAACGAGCGCGCCGUCGAAGACGUGCACGCAUUCUCAGGCCGCGUUGUCAUUGAAGCGUCCAGAUAA